UGCGUAGUUCAUGAUCGAACAACAGUAAUGCCAAAUUAUUCAUGGCUCGUGAUAGUUGGUGAUGGUUCACGAUGACAUUUCGCCUGACAGAUUAAUGUAUUUCUCGCGACUGCCUUUGACAAUCUCGUCGUGUCGAAAUUCUUUCGAGUCGGUCGAUGACAACGCGAGCACAACGUACGCCCGACGAUAAUCGCCUGUUACGUGUAAGAAAUUGUACCUCUGAAACGUCGAUUAGGUACGUCUGAUAGGGAGAUAGCAGGACCUGUCUAUCUCGAGUCAGCUACGCUAAAUGGUGAGAAUGACGCCGUUGGAUGAGGGGAAGAUUAGACAGGGCCUAUCUAAGUAUCAAAAUCCAGAGAUAACAAAAAAGCAUGUAGCAAGCGUCUUGAAUCUUUAUAAAGGUUUGGUGUACAAAAUCGAGCCUUUUGUUUUCAAUGAUGGCUCGCGUAAGGAACUGCUCAACUUACAAGGAACUAUUCCAGUUAUUUACAAAGGCUCUUGUUACAAUAUUCCAAUCUGCAUAUGGCUGAUGGAUACUCAUCCCAAUAAUGCGCCCAUGUGCUACGUCAAGCCAACGGCAGAUAUGCAUAUCAAAGUCAGUAUGUUUGUGGAUCACAAUGGUAAAAUCUAUUUGCCGUACCUUCACGACUGGGUGCCUCACAAUUCAGAUUUGCUUGCUUUAAUACAAGUUAUGAUUGUCACUUUUGGAGAACAGCCUCCAGUUUACGCCAAGACAAGAUCAGAAAUGCAACAGAGUUCGACGCCAUAUCCUGUUCAGUCAUUCAUGCCUGUACCUGGUAGCGGAAAUGUAUCGAGUUCCGGCUUCCCUCCGUAUCCACCAAGUUCUCAAUACUCCAGCGGUAGCAAUGUGUAUCCGCCGUAUCCCUCAGCAGCGUCCGGGGGAUUCCCAUAUCCGGGCUCGUAUGGUUCUUAUGCAGGAACCACGCCCAGUUACCCGACGCAAGGCUACAGUGGUUCAUAUCCGCCAUAUCCGCCGUCCACGCAACCGUCGCCGACGGUACAGCCGAAUUCCAGUGGAUCUGGCACGAUCACGGAGGAGCACAUAAGAGCGUCCUUGCUGUCCGCGGUAGAGGACAAGCUCCGACGUCGACUGAAGGAACAGUUCUCGCAGUUGCAGGCUGAGCUCGAGACGUUGCGACGAACGCAGCAGGAGCUAACGAGCGGCUCGUCGCACCUGGCGGACCUUUUCAACAAACUCAAGAAAGAGAAGCAGGAGCUCGAGAAGAACGUGAACAUCUUGCAAGAUAAGGAAGCGGAGCUCGAGAAAGAGAUCGCCAAGCUCUCGGAUAAUCAGUCGAUAGAUGUCGACGAAGCUGUCACUACCAUAGCGCCUUUGUACAAACAGAUGCUGAAUGCUUUUGCCGAGGAGGCGGCCACGGAGGACGCUAUUUACUAUCUCGCCGAGGGACUGCGAUCCGGCAUUCUAGAUCUGGACGCGUUCCUGAAACAAGUUCGACAACUGUCGCGCAGACAAUUCAUGCUGAGAGCACUGAUGCAGAGAUGUCGACAGAAAGCCGGUCUGGCCGGUUAAAAAAAAAAUACUCCCUCGUGCGCUUCGUCCUUAGAGCUGCAAUAUUCCAUGUUGUUAUAGAAUAACUCAUUGCGUUAUGCGGUGAACAAAAAAAAAAUGGAACACAUAUAUAAUUUAUAUACCGGUGUCGAAGAGCACAGAGAGGAUUAUUUUAUCGACAAUAAGCGCCAUCCUCUUCUCCUUGUGACGUAACGAGAGGAAAACUGUGUUUUACAUGAGAAGGAGGAACAAUUUAAUAGAGUGUAUAUGUUCAAUGCAGACACAGUAAUUAUAGCACGUUCAAAUAUGAAAGUAGAUGAUAAUUCCUUUCGCACGGAAUACUAUGCUAUAUGUUAUUAUUAUAUGAUAUUGCAUGAUUAGAUUAAUCACGCUGUAAUCUGUGUUCACAGAAAAACGAGUGCGAGCCUUUAUUUUCUCAAGGUGUCACAAAACUCGUGUACCUGUGUAUUACAAAAACUUCAUGCCUUCAUUGUGAUAAAGAUUGAAUAAACUUGCAAUUUGCUGCACAAUAUAAAAAAA